AUGAAAGCUUCUUUAGAUCCCUCAGAUGCUCUAUAUCUUCAUCCCUCUGACAAUCCUGGACUAGUCCUGGUUUCUAAGGUUUUCGAUGGGAGUGGUUAUGGAUCUUGGAGGCGUGCCAUGGUAAUCGCUCUCUCUGCAAAAAAUAAGUUAGGAUUUGUGAAUGGAGAAUGUGAAAUACCCGAUUCUAACUCUUCAGACUUGCAGAAUUGGGAGAGAUGUAAUAACAUGGUCAUUUCUUGGUUAUUGAAUAGCUUGGUGAAGGAGUUAGCUGAAAGUGUAGUAUAUGCUACAACAGCUAGUGAGAUCUGGGAUGAUCUAGAGGAAAGGUUUGGUCAAUCAAAUGGACCACAAAUGUUUCAAAUUCAGAAAGAGUUAAGUCAGGCUGUGCAAGGAACCAGUAGUAUAACUGCAUAUUAUACUAGAAUUAAAAAGCUUUGGAGCUUUGGGAUGAGAUCAAAGCUUUGA